AUGGCUUUUACCCGUUUCGUCAGUCGUCGGGGUGCCCCGACCGAUGUUUUUAGCGACAACGGUACCAAUCUGACUGCAGGAGAGCGUGAGCUGCGUGAGGCGGUUACCCGCCUUAACGACGUGAAAAUCGCUGACCAACUUGCUCGGAAAGAAAUUCGUUGGCACUUCUCCCCGCCUGCUGCCCCGCACUUCGGAGGUGUCUGGGAGCGUCUGGUUCGCUCGUGCAAGGAGGCCCUGCGCGCUAUCCUCGGUCAGCAGACGGUGAAGGAGGAAACCUUUGCAACGGUCGUCAUCGAAGUUGAGGGCCUACUCAACAAUCGACCGCUGACGGAUCUAGGUGCGGACCCGCAAGAAUUCGAGCCGUUAACCCCGAAUCAUUUUUUGUUGGGGCGCCCCAAUCCCCACUUGCCCGCUGACGUCAUCGACCCGGAAAUCAAAUGUCUUCGCCGAAGAUGGUUUCACGCACAGCAAAUCGUGGAUCAGGUGUGGAGCCGAUGGUUAAGGGAAUACCUGCCGACCCUCACGACCCGCAACAAAUGGACCCGAUCGCAAAACAACUUGGAGGUGAACGACAUGGUGCUUAUGGUGGAUCCAAAGUCGCCGCGCGGACACUGGCCAAUUUGUCGUGUUGCGAAAGUUUUACCUGGCUCUGAUGGUGUAGUACGCGCGGCCGAAAUCGUUACGAAGUCCGGCAAGACCUACACCCGCCCGGUUGUGCGAUUAUGUCGCUUGGAAGCCUUGAGUGCUGCUUAA